UUCUCUCCACUCCCUGAUCCCGAAGAAGAAGAAGCCAUAGCCCAUAGCUUGCGCGAGGAAGGAGAUGGAGGCGAAGAAGCUGAAGCUGUGCGUGCUCCUCCUCCUGGCGCUGCUGCCCAGGGAGGCGGCCGCUAAGUCGUCGGAGUUCUGCAAGUGCUUCGACGACUGCUACCCCGGGUGCGUGAGCCACAACGUGCCGGGCUACGCCUGCGAUGCGUUCUGCGCCAACAAGUGCAGCCCCGACACCAACCAGCCCGGCUCUGCCGCCGCCACCUGCAGGAUGGCCUGCAAGAUACAGAUCUGCGGCCACUCAGCGACGGCGCCGACCGAUGCAGCUGAUGACGCCGACGUCUGCGUGCAGAACUGCAACAGGAAGCUGAGCCAGAUGACCCAGACACACUGAUUAACCGCCAAACCGCUCCGUUUUAGGAGAAGAGAAGAAGAUCUGAAGAGCUACCUUGUCUGAUCAUGGGAUCAGUACAUAUACUAUAUGAAUAUGAUGUUGAAUGGCUGUGAUUGUAGCAGCAACCAUAAAUUGAGUAUGUCGAUAUGUAAGGCAUAAUUAAUAUACAUAAUAUGAAGUUAAACUGGCUUUGAUUUGGCAUUUC